AUGGCACCCAGCUGGACUCGUCUCAUUCGGUUCGUGGCAGAAGAAGAUGGACACAUCCAUCUGGGACAAGUGGACGAAGACAUCCUGGAUGUUGGCCUUGCAGCUUUCGAAGGUGUCCCAAUUUCCGCGAAGCUGAUUGAAGGGUCUUUGUACGACGGAGUUGUCUCAGAUACGACCAUGACUGUCAAACAGCUCUUACCGCCAAUCUCGAUUGACCAAGGGAAGAUUAUUCGUUGUCUCGGCCUCAAUUAUCGUGAUCACGCCAAAGAGGCCAACAUGCCGAUUCCAGACGAACCGGUACUGUUCUUCAAGCCUCCGCACGCAUUGAUGGGUCCUUGGCCUGAGAAAAUCAGGAUCCCAAAGUUCGUUCAAGACGGAUCCAGCGAUUAUGAAGCGGAACUCAGCUUAAUAAUAUCUAAGACGGGCAAAAACAUCUCAGAAGAAGAUGCGUUUGACCAUGUGCUCGGAUACACCUGUGGGAAUGACAUUAGUGCUCGUACGGAGCAGUUUAAAAACAGCCAGUGGUCGUUCUCUAAAGGGCUGGAUGCAUCUGCACCAAUAGGCCCCGUUCUGGUGUCUCAGAGAGCAAUCGGCGAUCCUCACAGUCUUAGCAUCAGGGCCAUCUAUAACGGAACUGUUGUACAAGACUCAAAUACUAGCCAGAUGAUAUUCUCAAUCCCAAAGAUUAUUUCGUUCCUGUCGCAGGGCACGACUCUCGAGCAGGGAACAGUCAUCAUGACCGGAACUCCGCCUGGAAUUGGAUGCAUGCGGGAUCCUAAAAUCUGUCUGUGUGAUGGCGACGAGAUUAGGGUCCAGAUUGAAAACAUUGGGACGUUGAUUAAUGCAGUGUAUUAUGAAAAGUGA